AAAUUUUCUUAGAUACUUAAACACACCUCUCUCAACUCAAUUACCCUCGUUAUUUUCUUAGACUGCGGUUCUAUAAGAGGAAGCAAUUCAGCAAGCCAUUGGAUGUGUUCCUUCGGACACUCGUGAUACUCCGCCAAUCGUCACCAACGUCACCUCAUCCCACCAGCUUGUUUGAACUUAUAUAUCUCAUCCACCUUCACCACCAGCUCCCUCCUCAAUCCUCUCUCUCACGCCAAGUCCUUGAAAUGUCACCACCACUCUCCCGACUCCAAGCGCUCACAACACACUUCCUCCCCUCCGCCUCGCCCACCGCAACAGACCCCACAAAAUACACGCACACUCAUCACAUCCAUACGCUUUCUCCAACUUCAUUUCUCCCACGAGCCGCCGAGAUAGAACCAGAUGCGGAAGCUAUCGUCCACAUAACGUCCAACGGAGCCAUCCUGCGACGCACUUACACCGAAUUCGGAGACCGGUCUCGCGGGCUCGCUUACUUCCUGCUCAAGCACGGCUUCAAGCGCAUCGGGAUCCUGGCACCCAACACCCCUGCUUUCCUGGAAAGUAUUUUUGGGAUUGCGGCUGCCGGAGCGGUUAAUGUGGCGGUUAAUUAUAGGUUGAAGACGGAGGAUAUUAGUUACAUCUUCACGUUCUCGGAAGUCGAUGUAAUCAUCGUAGACCAAGAAUAUUUGCAUCUUCUAGAUGAUUUUAGGAAGCAAAGACCAGGAGUACCGUUUAUCAUCGACACGGACACGGAUGCCACCUCAGGCGAGCUUUCGGGGCCAUUCGAUGAGGCGGUGUUGGAAGGAUUGAGAUGGGAUGGCGAGAAUGGGGCGAAAGGAUGGAAGGGCUUGAAAGCCCAGGCAGAUGAUGAGGAUGAUAUGAUUGCGAUUCCGUUUACGAGUGGGACGACGGCGAAGCCGAAGGGUGUUGUUUAUACGCAUCGUGGUGCGUAUCUUGCGGCGCUGGGGAAUGUGAUUGAGAGUGGCCUGAACUUUCAUACGGGGCGGUGCGGGUAUCUUUGGACGCUACCGAUGUUUCAUGCUAUGGGCUGGACAUUUCCGUGGGCAGUAACAGCCGUCCGAGGAACCCAUUACUGCCUCCGCAAAAUCGACUACCCCCUGAUCUGGAAACUCCUCAAAACCGAAAACAUCACACACUUCAACGCAGCCCCAACAGUCAACACCCUCCUCUGUGCCUCUAAAGAUGCUUCAAAACUCCCCAACCCGGUCCGUGUCACCGUAGCCGCCUCGCCACCAACAGCCCAUCUCUUCGAGCAAAUGACAAACCUAAACCUCUACCCCGUGCACGUCUACGGCUUAACCGAAACCUACGGGCCCAUCACAAAAGGUUACCACAUGCCUGUCUGGGACACGCUCCCCCUCAAAGAAAAAUACGCGCGAAUGGCGCGCCAGGGUCACGGCUUCAUCACCGGCCUCCCCAUCCGGAUCAUCAAGCCCGACCAACCCGACGGCGUCCUCAUCGACGUCGCGAAAGACGGCAAGGAGAUUGGAGAAAUCAUCUUUUUUGGCAAUAUCUGCGCGAAGGAGUAUUUGAAAGAUGACGAGGCGACGAGGAAGCUGUUUGCCGGGGGUGCGUUGCACAGUGGAGAUUUGGCGGUUUGGCAUGAGGAUGGGAGUGCGCAGAUCUUGGAUCGGGCGAAGGAUAUUAUUAUCUCUGGAGGCGAAAACAUCUCCUCCGUCGCCCUGGAAGCAAUGCUCGUGCAACAUCCCUCCGUCCUCGAAGCAGGCGUAGUGGCGGUAUCAGAUUCCCACUGGGGCGAGCGUCCAAAGGCUUUCAUUACCGUCAAAGAAGGGAAGGAAAUGAAAGGCGAGGAACUGAUCAAGUGGGCGAAGCACGAGAGUGCAAUUAGUAAGUUUAUGGUGCCGAGGGAGGUGGAGGUUGUGAAGGAGCUGCCGAAGACGAGUACGGGGAAGGUGAAGAAGAAUGUGCUUAGAAAGUGGGCGAAGGGGGACUAUAGUGAAAAGUGAAGGAUGAGUGAGGUUGGCAUGAGAAGAAGUGUAUAUAUUUCGCUUUGCAGCUUAGACGGGUUGUGAGUGGUUGCUUAGACAAAUCUCUGUAUUAUUCUUUCAGUGUGGGUUAUGGUCGGCCCAUUGAUUCCUAACCAAUAUUUCGACGGAGCUUUAUCUCAAUAAACGAACUCCCAGCCAAAAAUUCAAGACUGAGAUCACUCUACCUCCGAAAUGUCGUUGCGGUUUUCCAGCAUCAAGACCACGAAGUUCCAUCGCUGGCCAAGGUGAGUCGACGAGUGUCCUCCUUGAAU